UGUUUUCCAUAUGGUGAACCCACUGUCUCCGUUACCGACAUUUUGCUGGAGUUCAGCCGGAGCUAUCCAGCCGACAUCAUAAAAUUUCCAUGCAUGCAUGGCUUCCGUUCUCUUAGCGAGUCGAAAUGAAUCGUUUUGGGGAGAGCGCAAGGUGUAUAUGAGGAAAAACCCUAACUCUAACCCUCGCCUGAAGUCCAACCCUAGCCCCAAUCCUAACCCUAACCCUAACAAAAAGAGCCAUGACCACCAUACAAGUCAAAUUCAGGGCCGUCAGGCCGAUGAAUCGGCGGUUGUUGCUCCUGUUGUUUCUGACGAUUCAUCCUCCAUGAAUAGGAAAUCCAUCUCCACCAGCCUCAACAACCGGAGAGAGUCGUCUGCCGGUGGUUACGUGACUUUCAAUAUCGCGGCCUUCUCAAGAAGGGAGUUCAAAGAGCUCAAGAAACGCUUGAUCUCCGAGCUAGAACAGGUCCGGAGCCUGAACAACCGGAUCGAAUUGAAAGAAAACCAGUCCAGAUCCGGCUACAGCGCCUCUCAGUUCUCCGGAGGCUAUGCCGGUAGGGAAGUUACGUCCUCCACGCGGCCACCCCAUCUGCAUCUAAACCAUCAUCAUCAUACCUUAGAUUCGUCAGGCGCCGACGGCACCAAAGAGAAAAGAAUGCCCAAGGCAAACAAGUACUAUCGGCCGUCUGAAUUUGUGAUGGGGAAGGAGAAGACGCAACCUGAUGUUAAAGUUUCAGGGGCCAAACGACCUCCCCAGUUGGUCUCUGGUAGAGAUCCAAAGCGGCCUGCAUUGGACCCUGCGGCCGGAAAGCUGUUGGAUGGUAUCAUGAAACGUUGCGAACAGAUCUUGUCGAAGUUAAUGAAGCAUAAGCACGGCUGGAUUUUCAAAGCUCCCGUUGACGUCGUUGGCAUGGGUCUUCACGACUACAUCCAGAUUAUCAAAUAUCCUAUGGAUCUUGGUACCGUGAAAACCAAGCUCAGUAAGAACCUCUAUGCGUCACCUCUUGAUUUUGCCUCUGAUGUGCGGUUGACCUUCAAUAAUGCCUUGGUUUAUAAUCCCAAGGGUCACGAUGUUUAUGUCAUGGCGGAGCAACUGCUGGCUCGUUUUGAGGAGAUGUUUGAACCUGCUUGCAAGAAAUUACAGAAUAUGCAGCGACGAGUGUUUUCCAAUGGGGAAAUGCCGAGAAACUCAUGUGGUGGGCUUCCAACUCCAGAGGUCGGUGCGAAGAAGCCUGAUCCUGUCACGAUCCCCAAUGCGCCUGCAGCAUCCAACCCAUCACCAGUGCACACCCCUGCAUCAACAUCAGCAUUGGCACCUGCAAGACCAUUUUCGACGGGAAGAUCAUUUACUGGUAAGCAGCCAAAGCCCAAAGCAAAGGAUCCAAACAAACGGGAGAUGAGCUUUGAUGAGAAGCAAAAGCUUGGAAUGAGUCUGCAGAAUCUCCCACAGGAUAAAAUGGAUCAAGUGGUGCAUAUCAUAAGGAAGAGGAAUGCUAAUGUGGCACAGCACGGGGAUGAGAUUGAGCUGGACAUUGAGGUUCUGGACACGGAAACGCUUUGGGACCUCGAUCGAUUUGUGUGCAACUGCAGAAAGAUGAUGAGCAAAAUUAAGAGACGAUCAUUUGCCAGCAACAACCAGAUUCCAGCGGGUGAAGGCAGUAAGUCUCCUGUCAGUGUGAUGCGUGAUGAGGCCCCCAAAACUCUUCCAGAUGAGGUCGCAGGAGUAACAGUUUCAGCUUCAACAUCAGUUGCUGCGAAGAAGAUUAAGAAAGGGGAGACAGUGGAAGAGGAUGUAGAUAUUGGGGAGGAGAUGCCGGCCAAUAACUUUCCUCCGGUGGAGAUUGAAAAAGAUGCUGGUGGUUACGCCAGCAGAUCAAGCAGCUCAAGCAGUUCAAGCAGCGGUUCAUCCUCUUCUAGUGAUUCGGAUUCGGGGAGCUCAUCCGGCAGCGAUUCUGAUGCGGACGAUGCACAAUCACCGUGUCCUGAGUCGAAAGCCUCCCCUAGGACCAAGGAGGAAUGAUGGGCAACCAUAAAGAACGAGCUCGGAGGGGGGAGGACAAGGCAAGCAGAAGUGACUGAAGAUGGGAGUAGAGAUGGGUACAG